AGGCUGGGCGUCGAACUCACAACCUGAAGUAAAGAUAUAAAACCUCAGCUCCCGGCGCUUUGACGCACAUCUGACUUUACGCAAAGCUCCGACAGGAGAACAGAGAACCAGAGGAACAGAAACUUACAGAGAACAUGUACUCACGGUCCGAGAGCAUCACCAUGACCGUCCCGCAGGAGAGGUUCGCCUUCCCCCGGACGGCGACGCGCAGCACGGAGCCGGAGGUCUUCACCUUCGAGCGGAUUCCGGCUCAGGCCACCGCCGUGCGCUCCUACGUGCCCAUCCGGCCCAGGAAGCGCUGCACCCGGGUUAUGUACCCAGCUAAAGUCCGCAUGCAUCUCCCCCCUCCGGAGAAGAGCCAGGCCAAGCGCUGGCUGGUGAUCCUGUGCCUGGUGGUGCUGUGGCAGAUCUACACCGAGGAGCCGUGCGCCGACGCCCCGCUGAGCAGCGUCGAGGCGCCGAUCAGCGAGUACCAGGGUUUCUCCUUCCAGUCCCCGGAGGAGCUCGCACAGAUCCGCACCAGCUCCGAGCUGGAGUCCGCCCCACAGGACCCACACCACAUCAUGCCCGCCACCAGCUGCCCCAGGCCCGGACAGGACGCCGAGAGCAGCCGGCCUGUGGAGCAGAGCACCGCCGGGAACAGCUACGUGGUGGCUCUGCUGGUCUACCACAGGCUGGGCAGCGACAGCUAAGACUCCGGGUCCUGGUUUCACCUAAAUCCACCAGAGCCUGAACCUGUUGGAUCAAACUGAACCGAGCAGGAGCUGAUCCUGAGCCGCUCCUGGAGAACAGCGGUGCGCCCUGAGAGGCGCAGCCGGGGAGGGAGCUCCAUGCGCCCGCUUCCCCCUGACAGAGGUCCCCCUGAAAGCAGCGGAGGACACUCGAUGUGGAGCAGGACACUGACACUUUAUAAAACUGAAACUUGAAUUGAAGAAAACUUGAACUUGUCUGUGGUUUAAUCACAGAGUCUCUGCACUGACAGGCCUCAUGUUACAGGCCAACAGCUGAAACUCAAUGAAAAUGUCUUAUUUGCUAUUUAUUGUCUUAUUUGCUAUUUAUUGAAUAAUAAUAUUAAUAAUAAUUUUAAUAAAAAAAUGUCGAAAAGAA